GCGCCCGGAGCCGGCAUGCUCCAGGCCGGCGCGGCGGGGCGGGCGAGCAGGGGGCAGAGCGCCGAGGAGAGGGGGGAGCCGGUGGGAGAAGGGGAGGAGCGCCGGGCUCGCCAUCCCCCGGCGCCGGCUCUGCGGCUGCUGAAUCGGAAACCGCAGGGAGGAUCCGGGGAAAUAAAGACGCCCGAGAAUGACCUCCAGCGAGGCUGCCUGAGCUGCGGCCCGCGCGCCGCCGCACCAGCCCCCGGCAUGGGCGACCGGGGCGGGCGGCCCGAGCACUCGCCCACGCACGCCCCGGGGGCUCCCGCCGACACCGGAGCUGCCGCCGUAAACGGGCUGCUGCACAACGGCUUCCACCCGCCGCCAGUCCAGCCGCCGCGCCUCUGCAGCCGGGGCCCGGCGGGCGGUGGCGACGCGGCACCCGCGCGCCUCCAGCUCUUGCCCGAGCUUCAGCCACAGCCACCGCCCCCUCAGCACGACUCCCCAGCCAAGAAAUGCCGGCUGCGGAGGAGGAUGGACUCUGGGAGGAAGAACAGGCCGCCCUUCCCCUGGUUUGGCAUGGACAUCGGUGGAACGCUGGUUAAAUUGGUCUACUUUGAACCAAAGGAUAUUACAGCCGAAGAAGAACAAGAGGAAGUAGAGAACCUGAAGAGCAUUAGAAAGUAUUUGACUUCUAACACCGCUUACGGGAAAACUGGGAUCCGAGACGUCCAUCUAGAACUGAAAAAUCUGACCAUGUGUGGGCGCAAAGGGAACCUGCACUUCAUUCGCUUCCCCAGCUGUGCGAUGCACAGGUUCAUUCAGAUGGGCAGUGAGAAGAACUUCUCCAGCCUCCACACCACGCUCUGUGCCACGGGAGGUGGGGCUUUCAAGUUUGAAAAGGACUUCAGAAUGAUUGCUGACCUGCAGCUCCAUAAACUGGAUGAACUGGACUGUCUGAUUCAGGGCCUGCUUUACGUCGACUCCAUUGGCUUCAAUGGCAAGCCGGAAUGUUACUAUUUUGAAAAUCCCACAGACCCUGAGUUGUGUCAAAAAAAGCCGUACUGCCUUGCUAACCCGUACCCUAUGUUGCUGGUGAACAUGGGCUCGGGGGUCAGCAUCCUAGCAGUAUACUCGAAGGACAACUAUAAAAGAGUUACAGGGACCAGUCUUGGAGGUGGAACAUUCCUAGGCCUAUGUUGCUUGCUGACUGGUUGUGAGACCUUUGAAGAAGCUCUGGAAAUGGCAGCUAAAGGCGACAGCACCAAUGUUGAUAAGCUGGUGAAGGACAUUUACGGAGGAGACUAUGAACGAUUUGGCCUUCAAGGAUCCGCUGUAGCAUCAAGCUUUGGCAACAUGAUGAGUAAGGAAAAGCGAGAUUCCAUCAGCAAAGAAGACCUCGCCCGAGCCACACUGGUCACCAUCACCAACAACAUUGGCUCCAUUGCUCGGAUGUGUGCGUUGAAUGAGAAUAUUAACAGAGUUGUGUUCGUUGGGAAUUUUCUCAGAAUCAAUAUGAUCUCCAUGAAACUGCUAGCCUAUGCAAUGGAUUUUUGGUCCAAAGGACAGCUAAAAGCCCUGUUUCUAGAACAUGAGGGUUAUUUCGGAGCUGUUGGGGCACUGCUGGAACUGUUCAAGAUGACUGAUGACCAGUAGCAGUGACAGUGGACGGAAGAGCCUCCUGUGAGAACAGAGACCUGAGCCCUGCCGCUGGAGAGGGUAGAUGCCGCUAUGGGACGGAAGCCAAGCCAUUAUGGCAGAUGAACCUGCUGGAUUUGUAAAUAAUUUAAAAUCCUUCUAGCUGAUCUUUUACUCUUGGGUUUUGAGCUUAUGAUUCAAAAAUGGGGAAUACAAGAGUUUUUUCUGUAUACUGUAUUUUUUAAAAAACACACACACACACAUUUGUGCAGAGAGGCCAAACCUAUGAAUUUUAUGCAUUAACCUUGAAAAAAUUAACCUCGUAUGAUGUUUAAGAAGAACCUGAAAUGUAAGUGCUAUUUUAUUUUUCUUCUGGGGUUUACUGAUCAGUGUGGUAAUUUUAACUUCAUUUUGUAAUUACUCUAGGAGAUCUUACCUUUACUUAUAUUCAUCAUGACGUUUCAUGAUUUGCUGUUGGUUUCAAAUGAAACUACAAAUCUGGCAUGCUUUACUGUGAACACAAUCUUGUUUGUUUAUUUACUUUUUUUUUUUUUUUUGGUCUUGUUUCUUUUUGUUUGAAUGUCUUAUGGAGAAAGAGAGUCCUUCCCCCUGUUUCUGUCGUCAGAUGACCCCCUCUCCCCUCCAAUACCUUUCUUUAAUGCAAUUGUUUGUACCAGUGAAGGGGCUGACCAGCUCACUAAGAAUAAAGCACGAGAUCGAAGGCUCUCAAAAGUGCCCUUGGUGAGAAAACUCCGAAAGUGUUCAUGAAUUUUAUGAGUCAGGCAAAAGUAGAAAAUGAUAAGCAAUUUGUCUUCACCCUUCUGAAUACACAAUUAAUAUACAAUGUUUUGUUGGGUUUUUAUUUUAUGUUAGGUUAUAUUAAAUUGAAAUGUUCUCUGAUGAAAUGUCCUCAUUCAUACCCAGCAUAUGAGUGGCAGCAAAUCCUUAUGCAGGACAUUGGAACUUCCCAGGUAAAGUCUCCCAGUAGAUUAACUGUUCACAUUGGGAGAUGGGGGAAAAGUCAUGGGUUGACGUGUCAGGUAAUAACACCUAUAUGUUUUGUACACGUAUGUACGUAGGGGCUUUGUAACAAGGCAUCUUAAAUAAUAACAUUUUUUGAUUUGAAAUAUUUCAAACUGAAAAUUGUAUUUCAAUCUCAGUUUCCAAUAUUAAAAAAUCAUGAUACUGAUUUCUCUAUACGUAUUUUUUCUAUCUCGAAAGAUGUCAUUGGAACUGAUGGGUUAAAUUUCAAAGGAGAGUCUUGUACAAAUAUUGAAAACGCAUGGGGUCUAAUGACUUAGAACUGAUUAACCUUUUGAACUGAGCAUAUUGUUGAAAGGGAUCUUUGCAAGCAACUACAAUUUGCCACGUCUUUCCUUCUCUGCCUCCUGAGCGCCAUCUUUAAUUGCCAUAUCGUUAAGUCUCGAAGAACUCGAUGUUAACUGAAGUAUUCACUUGUCUGGUUGAAAUAAAGCCUGUUUCUGUUGUGA